AUGGCAUCGACGAUUCUUUUAUUGCCUCAGCUAGGCUUGGCUACCGCAUUUAAACCGAAUCUUCCACCGCCUCCUGUAUCCCACCGAUACCCACAACAAGUAUCACUUAUUAUGCACCGUCCUACGAUAUUUUGCCAACACCAGUUAUCGGCUGCUACUGCUGCUGCUGCUGACGAGAGCGAGGUAACACAAGUUUCCUCACAUCAUGACUGGGAUGAACAAUUUGAGGAGCUCCAAUCGUUCAAGGAAGGUUACGGGCAUUGUAACUUUCCCUAUAAUGCUCCAGUCGAACUCCAAGAGCAGUAUCCAACCUUGGCAAGAUUCUGUCGGGACCAGCGGUUGGAAUACCACAAUUACAAGUAUAAACUCUCGAGUCAGAGUAUUAGGCGGAUGACUCUACCAAAUUUUGAUCGCACUGUUCGGUUGCGUCGACUGGACGAACUUGGAUUUGAAUUCAAUUCCAAAUUAGCCCAAUGGUAUGACAAGUACCAUGAACUACUGCAGUAUCGUGACGACAAUGGUCAUCUUCGCGUGACAGAUGAAGAAAAUCGCUCACUAAAAGGUUGGAUAAUAGCCCAACGCUGCAUGCGAAAAGGAACCGAAGGAUAUUCGAAGCUUUCCGAAGCGCAAACUCUUCUGUUGGAUAAGAUUGGUUUCGAAUGGGAGCCUAGGGACGAUUUGUGGAUGGCGAAAUACAUCGAGCUCUGUGACUUUCGCAAAAAGCAUGGGCAUCUGAACGUGCCACAUACCUCAUCGGUGUAUCGCUGGAUUUAUCGUCAGCAAGCGCGACGAGCUGAAAAGAAAAAUCACUCUCCUCUCUCAGAAGAACAGCUGCAAUUAUUGGAUGAUGUUGAUUUUCCCUGGAUUCCAAUUAGGUUCGACCGGAAAUGGCAAGUGAAAUACGACGAGCUAGCGCGAUUCAAAAAGAACCAUGGACACUGUCGACCGAGUGCAUCGACUCAUCUCAAAAUGAUCACUUGGUCACGGGUACAGCGCGAGAAACGGCGGAAAGGGCAGCUUUCAUCGGAGCAAAUUAGAUUAUUGGACAAGAUUGGUUUUCCCUGGGUAUCCAAUAACCCUCAUCAGUUUCCUGCAAUGUAUCAACAAUUGAAUGACUAUUAUAAGAAACAUGAUCAUCUUCGGGUCAGCCAAGAUGAUGAUCCAGAUCUCUACAGUUGGAUGACCACUCAAAGGGAACGGUAUCAUGGGAUUGGAACGGAACCACCAAUGUCAGACUUGGAAAUCGAGAAAAUGGAAGAUCUCCAUUUCUGCUGGUCCCUUGAUUGGAAAUCUCGUGUCUGGCAUGAAAAGUACACCGAGAUCGCUGAGUUUUACAAGGAGCAUGGCCAUGUCAAUGUCACCGAGAAAGAGAAUCCCAGCCUCUACAAUUGGAUCCAGAUGCAGGAAAAGAGGUACGAGGAAACGACGGGUCACAAGCCAUUGUCGCAAGAGGAAUUGGAACUAUUGGAACAGAUCGAUUUCCACUUUUUCAAAGGCAAACCUCGCAUUGCAUGGAAUUCAAUGUAUAAUGAACUGGAGAAGUAUCGAAAGGUCAAUGGCGAGAGGUUCCCAAAUCACGAAGAUGACCCUGACCUGAAUCGUUGGAUGAGACAGCAACGACACAGAAUGAGAAGUGAAUAUGGAUCUGUGCCGCUUUCAGUGGAAGAAAAAUCAAUUUUGGAGAGUAUAGAGUUUCCUAUAUUUCCCAAAGGGAAACAUCGACGGAUCUGGUAUGAACGAUACGAUGAGCUGGUGGAGUUUUGGAAAAAGCAUGGCCACUUCUUGGUUGACCCAGACCAGCCUCUGAAUCCUUGGAUUGAUAAGCAGCGUGGCAGGAACAGGGAUACGUGUCUGGAAGCCAGACCUAUAUCCAAGUCGGAAGUCUAUCUCCUAGACCGAAUUGGUUUUCCUUGGGUAUCAGAUAGAGAAGAUGUGGAAUGGCAAAUGCGUUAUGACGAGCUUGUUCAAUUUCGGAAUAAACAUGGACGUAUGCCAGCCAACAGACUUGAGCCAAGACUCUAUAGCUGGAUGAGGUACCAGCGAGAUAGAUACUUUGGAAUGAAGGGUAAGGAUAUUUCCGCCAACCAAAUCAAGCAAUUGGAAAAUAUUGGCUUUCGUUGGACAGGAAAAUUCUGA